ACAGUUGUCUUCUUCUUCUUCUCCGAUGAGAAAAAGACUGUCACAGGAAAAAUUUUUUUUCCUCUUCUCAGUUUCUCUCUCUCUAGAAACUUCAUCUCCAUAAACAGAAAGAGUCAAAUCAGUUCAUUCUCUUGAACUCACCGAUUCAAGGCAAUCCAGAGAGAGAGAGAAUCAAGAAACUGAGUGGAGUUGAGUUGAAGAUGAGAGAUCAUUCAGCAUCAUCAUCACCAAAAGGAGAAGAAAUCAUGAAUUUACUAGAGAUAAACUUAAUCUCAGCACAAGGAUUAAAACAACCAUCAAGUAAUUUAGGUAAACGUUUUCAAACCUAUGCAAUUACAUACAUAGAUCCAUCAUUCAAAUUACGAACAAGAAUUGACAAAAUCGGUUCUGAAAAUCCAACUUGGAACGAUAAGUUCUUCUUUAAAGUUCCGUCUAAUUUCGUCUCAUUAGAGAAUUCAGCCAUUUCGAUUGAGAUUUAUUCUGUUGGGGUUAUUAAAGAUCAAUUGAUCGGUACUGUUCGGUUUUUGAUUAAUAAUGAUCGGAGAUUAGGGUUGAGUAAUGGUAAGGGGAAAGCGAGUGGAAUUCCGUUUUUUACUGCUCUUCAGAUCCGGAGGCCACUGAGUGGGAGGUUUUUUGGUGUGCUGAAUGUUGGAUUUAUUAUGGUGAAUGAUGAGGAUUUGAUUAAAUCGCCGGCGUUGAUUGGAGUGAGUGGAAUCGGUUUUCGUGAUUUGAUGGGGGUGAAUCGGAAUGGGAAUGGGAAGGAGAAGAAACCUCCAAGGAACCGGAAGAGUAAUAAAGAGAACGAAAAUCAAGAAAACUCUGGUAGUGGUGGUGGUGGCGGUGGAGGUGGUGGUGGUGAUUCGUCUGAUGCUGAUUCAACUUGUUCUUCGAGUUCGAAUUUGUUUGGUUCUUCUUCGAUUUUGAAAGAUCUGAAUUGGAGGAAAGAUUUGUUGAUGAUGGGGAAGAAUCGGAGAUUAUCUGAAGGUGGAGUAAGAUUAUGUGGAUUAAUGGGGUUUCAGAGGAAGAUUCAUUUGAGUCCGUCGGAUCAGAAUCUCUAUGCUUCAUCAACUUCUUUUGAUGAUGAUCAUUCUAACUAAAAUGUUUUCUGCUUCCCGGAAGAAGAUUGCUUUCAUUACACUCCGUUUUGAUUCCGGUGUUCAGAUGUGGAUGAAUUAAACGGUUGUGAUCAUUAUUUUGAGAUUCGUUUUAGACGGUGAGAUCACCAGGUAUAUCAUGAUUCAGUGUUCAGUAUGUUGAUGAUGAAUCAACGGUUGUGAUGUCAUCACCUGAUUGAGUUUUUUCUAGUAGGGUAUUGAUUUUAGAACAGCGUGUGAAAUGUGAUGAAAAUGAACGGCGCCGAUGCUUGUAGUAUCCUUUUUGAUGUUUCAGGGGAGAUAGAGAACGAAAAGCACUACUUUUACACGUUUUUGAUUAAAAUGAAUGUGAUGAGAUGAACGGUGGUGAUGCUUGUAUUAUCAUUUCUGAUGUUUUACUGGAGGUAGAGAAUGAAAAGCACUGUUUAGUGACUAGGACUCUAGCUUGUGAAAUCUGUCUCUCAUCAGUCUCACGUACUUUGUAGUAAUCUUCUGUACUCAAGAAAAUGUAGCUUCAAAAUUAUAGUAAUGAACAAAAUGUGGCUUCAUUUUUUGGUCCCAGAUGGAAGGCUGAUUU